AUGGACAACAAAAACAAUGGGAAGGAAGUGGGGCAGCAGAGGGCGGACAAGGAUAAGGAAAGGCAGCCAGAGACAAUGCUGCCGGCGGCUGGCACCAACAGCAACAAUCAGACGACACAGAUCAACAACAAUAACAACAACAACAACAACAACAAAAACAAUAACAAUAGCAACAAAGGAAAAAAUCCAAAUGUCAAGAACAACAAUAACAGCAAAAAGAAUCCUGGCAACAACAAAGGACAACAGCAGCAGCAGCAACAACAGCAACAGCAGAAGAGCACCAAAAAGGGCAAACCCCAGAGGCAACAGAUCUUCCUGCAGUCGCUACCACGCGACACCAGCGACUACAGAAGCUACAACCACAGCAACAGCAACAAUAACAACAGUAGCCACAUUCUGGUCACAUCUGCAACAACCGACAAUGGGGUGACCAAAGUGAAUCCCGCCGAGCUUCUGACCGCCGCCCUGGCCGUGCCCUGUGCCAAGUGCUCGAAGCCAUCGAUGAUCACCCCCCUAACGUCCACCUCCGCAUCCCCCACCGCCGUCUCCACCGCCUCCAUUGUCAGUUCAUCGGCUUCGACCACCUCCAAUUCGGAGACCGCGAGCAAUUACAGCGAACUGAGCUUCCCCGAGCCGAUGGUCUACUCGGCCAAGCAGUACCGCAAAUCCAAAUCCUACAUGGGCGUCUCUAAGUACAACAGCUCCGGCUACGGCUCCUAUCAGAACUCCUCGGGUCGGAAUGGAUCCGGAAAUCAUGCCACCUAUAGACGCUCGCACAGCGAUCGACGCAACUCCUUUGAUCGGACAUUCGCCGAAAGGAAUCGCGACUUUGUGCCCAUUGUGCCCCCGCCGCGACCCGUCCUCUCGUCCUCGAACAUUGCCGGAGUCAUGGCCAGUUCCACCAAGCUGACGCUCAUCGAACGGUUCGGCAAAGGACGACUGGCGUAUCCCAUAAUGCAGGUGAGUUUUUUGUACCCUUUACUAUUUUAAAAACAAAACUGCCAA